AUGGCAGCUUCUGUUCCACUUCUUCAAUUCCCAACUCACUCCCUUCACAAAACAACACUUUCCAGAUUCAGACCCACUACUUCUCCUAAGUUCAAUGGGAAUUAUGGGUAUUGCUGCACAAUUAGGUGUAAUUCUUCAAAUGGAAGAGAGCCAGAGUCGGUAAACGAAGGAGUUAAGACUGUGGAGAAGCUUCUAGAAGAAAAACGGAGAGCUGAAUUAUCUGCUCGUAUUGCUUCUGGCGAGUUCACUGUUGAACAAACUGGAUUCCCGUCACUGGUCAAAAAGGGUUUGUCUAAAUUGGGUGUGCCGAAGGAGUUUUUUGAGUUCUUCUCUCAAUGGCUGGGUGAUUAUCCUCGCAUUCCAGAGGCAAAAGGGUCUAUUAGCGCUGUUCGGAAUGAGGCUUUCUUCAUCCCACUUUAUGAGCUUUUCCUUACUUAUGGUGGAAUUUUUCGUUUGACUUUCGGUCCCAAGUCUUUCUUAAUAGUUUCUGAUCCUUCAAUAGCCAAACACAUACUGAAAGAUAAUUCAAAGGCUUAUUCUAAGGGUAUCCUAGCUGAAAUAUUGGACUUUGUGAUGGGAAAGGGACUUAUACCUGCAGAUGGAGAAAUUUGGCGCGUCAGGCGGCGCGCUAUUGUACCAGCAUUGCAUCAAAAGUAUGUAGCAGCUAUGAUUGGCUUAUUUGGUCAAGCAACCGACAGGUUGUGCAAAAAGCUCGAUGCUGCUGCAUCUGAUGGAGAAGAUGUUGAGAUGGAAUCGCUAUUUUCCCGUCUAACAUUAGACAUCAUUGGCAAAGCUGUAUUUAAUUAUGAUUUCGACUCGUUAACAGUAGACACUGGUAUUGUGGAGGCUGUAUAUACAGUGCUUAGAGAAGCAGAAGAUCGCAGUGUUGCACCAAUUCCAGUUUGGGAGAUACCUAUCUGGAAAGAUAUCUCUCCUAAGCUAAAAAAGGUCAACGCAGCUCUAAAGUUGAUUAAUGACACCUUGGAUGAUUUGAUUGCUCUAUGUAAGAGGAUGGUAGAUGAAGAAGAGUUACAGUUUCAUGAGGAAUACAUGAACGAAAAAGAUCCUAGCAUCCUCCAUUUCCUGUUAGCGUCUGGAGAUGAGGUGUCAAGCAAGCAACUCCGUGAUGACCUCAUGACAAUGCUUAUUGCUGGACACGAGACAUCUGCAGCAGUGCUCACUUGGACCUUUUAUCUGUUGUCCAAGGAACCUAGUGUCAUGGCCAAACUUCAAGAUGAGGUUGAUUCAGUUCUGGGGGAUAGAUUUCCAACCAUUGAAGACCUAAAGAAACUCAGAUACACAACUCGUGUGAUUAAUGAAUCUUUAAGACUAUACCCACAGCCACCAGUCUUGAUUCGUCGUUCUAUUGAUGAGGACGUACUUGGAGGUUACCCAAUAAAAAGGGGUGAAGACAUUUUCAUUUCUGUUUGGAAUUUGCAUCGGUGCCCCAAUCGUUGGGAAGAAGCUGAUAAAUUCAACCCUGAGAGGUGGCCUUUAGAUGGACCUAACCCAAAUGAGACAAACCAAAAUUACAGUUAUCUGCCCUUCGGUGGAGGACCAAGAAAAUGUGUUGGAGACAUGUUUGCCACAUUUGAGAAUGUAGUGGCAGUUGCAAUGCUUGUCCGACGAUUUGAUUUUCAAAUGGCUCUUGGAGCUCCUCCUGUUAAAAUGACAACUGGGGCUACAAUACACACUACAGAAGGAUUAAAUAUGACCGUAACACGAAGAACAAGACCUCCAGUGAUGCCCAAAUUGGAGAUGGCCACAUUAGAAGUAGAUUCAUCUGUGAAUAGUUCAGACGUCAACUCGGUGUCAAACCAAAGAGCAGAAGCAGAAGCUUCUACUGUUCGAUCAUAAUAGAACUGAAUACAGGGAACUAUGUUUAAAGCUCCUUAACCAUGAGCUGCCAGUCCUCAAGAUAAGAGAGUCCAUAGUUUUACAUUUAUGUUGCUGUAAGUAUUCCCUAUUGGUAUAAUCUCAUUAAAAUUGAAUCCACUUCUGGUGGCCUAUACCUGUAUUCUUCUUUGAGCCUUGAAAUGAUCAAAUUUCAUUUCAAUUCAGCUCUCUGAAAUGUUGUAAUCAUCAUUGUCAGCGCAGUGUUCUUCAAUAUUUGUUAUUCCAAGUUCCAA